AUGGAAAGCAACUAUCCAUCUAAGAAUCAAGCAGCAACCAAAAUACAGGCGGAAGUCCGUGGUUUCCUUGCACGGCGACAUGUUCAACAGAUGAAAAAGGAAGGAGAUGAUGCUGCUAAAAAAAUUCAAGCACAUAUUCGCCCAGAUUAUGAGUUACAUCAAGGCAUAGAAUUUUUAAAUUUUUGGCAAAUUUUCUUGCUUCAAAAUCUGUCAUUUGCUUUAGCGAAAUUUCCUUACUCCAUUUUUUUUUCUUAA